AUGUCGCACUUUGAGCAAUACGAUCACGUGCUCUGCAAGGAGUUCGACAACUACGAAGACCGCAGGCGGUGCUCCUCGUGCCGGACGACGCCGGGUCUCCGCGGGUCCAGUACUCACCGUCCGCUGUCGGUCGUACCUGACGAUUGUGUUCAAACACUUAGCAGCACUGACAUAUUUCUGAUAGUAUUAAUAACUGUCGGCCUUGCUGCUGCAAUCGUGUGGUUAAUCUACAGCUCGGGCUAUAAUAAUAGUAACAUCGACGGAUGCAAAAAUGCAAAAACUAAAAUGCAAAAGCCACCACUCAUAAAGAGAUUAUGGCACGUGGUCUGCCGGUCGAAAUCGAAGAGUAUCCGACGCGGUCGGCGUCAACAGUACCAGCAACCUGUCAGUUAA